CGGGGAGGCCCGGCGGGAGCGCGGCCGCCGCCGCCAUGAAGGGCAAGGAGCGCUCGCCCGCCAAGGCCAAGCGCUCCCGGGGCGGCGAGGACUCGGCGUCCUCCUCCUCCUCCUCGCGCGGCAGCAAGAAGCCGAGCGGCUCGUCCGGCGGAGGCGGCGGCUCCAACGGCGGGAAAGCGGCGGCGGCGUCCGGCGAGAGCAACAGCGGGAGCGGCCGGCGCGGCGCCCACGCGGACAAGGGCGGCCGCGCCGGCAGCCGCGAGUACGAGAGCGGUUCGGCGGCGGCCGCGGGCGGCGGGGGCCGGCACGGCUACAGCGGUAAAACCGCGGAGGCGUCGCGAAGCAGCGGCAGCCGCGGCGGCGAAUCGCGAGCGGCCGCCGCCGCCUCCUCCUCGUCCUCCUCGUCGGAGCCGGGCGGCGGCGAGUACAAGACGCUGAAGAUCAGCGAGCUGGGCUCGGCGCUGAGCGACGAGGCGGUGGAGGACGGGCUCUUCCACGAGUUCAAGCGCUUCGGAGACGUGAGCGUCAAGAUCAGCCGGCUCCCGCCCGGCGCCGGCGCCGCCGACGAGCGCGUGGCCUUCGUCAACUUCCGCCGGCCCGAGGACGCGCGGGCCGCCAAGCACGCCCGCGGCCGCCUCGUGCUCUACGACCGCCCGCUCAAGAUCGAGGCCGUCUAUGUCGGCGGAGGCAGCGGCCGCCGGCGCAGCAGCCGAUCCCCGGCGCUGCUGGACAAGGAGUCUCCCUACGGCACGGCGGCGGUCGGGGCGGUGGCGGCCGCCGUGCGGCACCCGCCGGCCGGGGCCGCGCAGCGAGCGCUGUCCCCGGCGGGCAGCGGAGGAGCUUUGGGAUACCGGGACUACCGGCUGCAGCAGCUCGCCCUGGGCCGGCUCCCGCCGCCGCCGCCGCUGCCGAGGGAGCUGGAGAGGGAGCGGGACUACGGCGGCUUCUACGAGGCGCGGGUGCGGCCGGCCUAUGGGCUGGAGCGCGUGGCCGGUGUGGCGGCGGCCGGGGGGUUCCGCGGAGGAGGAGGAGGAGGUGCCGGAGCGGCCGCCGAGGAGGAGAUCAGCCCCGAGGAUGACCAGAGAGCCAACCGCACGCUGUUCCUGGGCAACCUGGACAUCACCGUGAGCGAGUCGGACUUGCGGCGAGCGUUUGACCGUUUCGGGGUCAUCACUGAGGUGGACAUCAAGAGACCGGGGCGUGGGCAGACCAGCACCUAUGGGUUUCUUAAGUUUGAGAAUCUGGACAUGGCGCACCGGGCCAAGUUGGCCAUGUCAGGGAAGGUGCUGCUGCGCAACCCCAUCAAGAUCGGGUACGGCAAAGCCACCCCGACCACCCGGCUCUGGGUGGGCGGCCUGGGGCCCUGGGUGCCCUUGGCUGCCCUGGCCAGGGAGUUUGAUCGGUUUGGCACCAUCCGCACCAUCGAUUACCGCAAAGGGGAUUCUUGGGCCUAUAUCCAGUACGAGAGCCUGGACGCUGCCCAGGCAGCCUGCACCCACAUGCGGGGUUUCCCCCUGGGGGGGCCGGAUCGCCGGCUCCGCGUGGACUUUGCCGACACGGAGCAUCGGUACCAGCAGCCCUACCUGCAGCCCCUGCCCUUGCCGCCCCCGGCUCAUUACGAGCUCGUGGCGGAGGCGGCUGCUUUUGGGGCUCACCGGGGAGCCCCCCCUGACCCUCUACGGGGGGCCCGGGACAGGACGCCACCGUUGCUCUAUAGAGACCGUGACAGAGACCUUUAUCCUGAGACAGAGUGGGUGCCCCCGCCGCCCCCUGUGCGGGACCGGAGUAAUCGGGCAGCUGCCUAUGACCCACUGGAAAGCCUGGAGCGCCGCCGGGAUGGGUGGUCCUUGGAGCGGGACCGCGGGGAGAGGGAGCUGGGCAGUAGCAGUAGGGACCAGCCUAGGAAACGGAGGCUGGCUGAGGAUGGAGGCCGGCACUUGGACCGUUCCCCUGACAGCGAGCGCUCCUCUUCCUCCCGAAAGCGCCAUUGCUUGGCCACGACCUCUCCCCCAGACCGCAGCCCCGAGCUCCUGGGAGGCCGGGAGCGUUACAGUAGUGACGCUGAGCGCUCAUCCCGCUUGCUCCUCUUGGAGCGACCUUCCCCCAUCCGGGAGUCCCGCCGGGGCAGCCUGGAGCGGGGGCAGAACGAAAAGCGCGACCGCAAAAAUUCCGCAGAGCGGGAGCGCAAGCAUCGCGCCGCUGCCGCCGCUCAGGAGUGCAAAAGUCCGGCCAAAAAGGACGAGCGGGCAGCAGAGGGUGGUGGUGGAGGCUCCCGGCUCAAACCUCCUCCCCAAAAACAGCAGCAGGAUGGAGCAGCGCAGGCCGGGGCGGCGCCCAAGCUGUGCUUGGCUUGGCAGGGGAUGCUCCUGCUGAAGAACAGCAACUUCCCGUCCAACAUGCACCUGCUCCAGGGGGACCUCGGAGUCGCCAGCAGCCUCCUGGUGGAGGGAGCGACUGGUGGGAAAGUGGCUCAGCUCAAGAUCACCCAACGUCUCCGUCUGGACCAGCCCAAGUUGGACGAGGUCAACCGGCGCAUCAAGGUGGCGGGUCCCAAUGGAUACGCCAUCCUGCUGGCCGUGCCCGGCGCCUCCGACAGCCGCCCCGCAGCCGGGGCUGCCGAGGCCGCCACCACCUCCACGCAGAGGCCGCUCAGGAAUCUGGUGUCCUACCUAAAGCAAAAGCAGGCUGCUGGGGUGAUCAGCCUCCCUGUAGGGGGGAACAAAGACAAGGAGAACAGCGGGGUCCUGCACGCCUUUCCGCCCUGCGACUUCUCCCAGCAGUUCCUGGACUCCACGGCCAAGGCGUUGGCCAAAUCAGAGGACGACUAUCUGGUCAUGAUCAUUGUCCGUGGGGCAUCCUAAGGCCCUCGUGUUCUGUUCCCAACCCUGCCUACUCCUCCAUGCAGCCCCUCCAGCGUGUGCCAGGUGCUAUGGGAUACAGCCUUAGCCAGCCCUGUCGUUAUUUUAAAUAGAUCUUUGUUUGUAGGUGACUUUCCCGGGCAGAUUUUCUGUUACUACAUUUUUCUAUAAAGAUAGAAGCCAGAGAGGUUGGUUAGGAGUAGUGUGAAUAGGAUAUUUUGAGAAUUCCCUAUCAAUGGGGACAGCAGGGAGGCUCAGCCUGCUUUGAUUUACAGAAAAUAGAAAAAUAAUAAA